AUGGAAGCAGAAGUGUUGAACCCCCAGAUGAUGGCGGACGUCAACGGGAACGCUAAAGUCGCCAACGCGGAGCUGGAGGUGAUCAAGCUGCAGGAGCUGGUCCGAAAACUGGAGAAACAAAACGAACAAUUACGAACCAGAGCAAACGUUGUAAACAACGGGCCUCCUCUGCAGAGCGCGCCGGCCUUCCUGCACGGGACCAGCCAGGAUUUCUCCGGGAAUUACGGCGUGCUGACCCCGACAAAACCGCAUCCAUGCGCCCCGGGUCCCUUCUCCCCGACGGAGGAGCCGUUCGCGUAUUUCCAGCCGAGCUCGGUGUGUCACGACGCGGCUGCGGAGGAGUGCGGCGCCGCCGGACCCACGGUGCUGGACGAGGUGGAGCUUUUGGACCUCGACACCCUGCUCCCCAUCGGAGAACCCGACAGCUGGCUUUAUGUGAGUCUCAAGGCCAAGUUACAUGGCGAGAGGGUCCUCAGUCCUCUGCAGUGGUGCAGGCAGGUACUGGACCACCCAGGGCCGGAGGUGGAGCUGGCGAAGAGGACCCUCUGUCACAGACUGGACCAAGCCAAGCGGUGGAGAGGCGUCUCCUCUGUUCGUCCCUACAGCUGCAUAGAGAGUCUGUCCUCCCUUAGCUGCCCCAUUCUGCCUUAUUCUAAAUCUGCUGCACUAACCGAGUCCACAGCUUCCUUCCAGUCAACCAGUCAUCCUUUACACCAGCAGACGGUCCCAUUAAGGACCAGCUGCAGUCUAACAGACAGAGCUCCUACCUUCCUCUCUAACGCCUCCCUCCACAAUGUGGGUCGCAGGCAAGCAGCCAUCAGCCCUCAGUCGUCAUUGGACAGCGAGUUGGGUGUGUCAGAGCUGGAGGAGGACUCCAUCUCUAUGGGCUACAAACUGCAGGACAUGACAGACGUGCAGGUCAUGGCACGACUUCAGGAGGAGAGUCUGCGACAGGACUAUGCCUCUACCUCAGCCACAGCCAGCCGACGCAGCUCCAGCUUCUCCAUACACUCCCUCAGGCGCAGUGAGAUGGACCUGGAGGAGGAGGACGAGGAUGACGAAGGCUACGACCAGCUUCCUCCGCCCCAGCCUCAGCUGUUUCGCACCAGCUCGAUGCAACGGAGAAGUCUUCCUCACUCCCACACCUUCUCCAGUAUCAGAGACUGCCGACGCAACCCGUCCACGUCUCAGUUCUGUCUGAGCGGGCUGUCGCAGUGCUCCGGCCCAUCCAGCCUGACCGCGGACAUAAGCACAGCGUACAGGAGUAGCGCAGAUAAACUACGACGAAGCAUGCCCAACCUGAUCCGAGCUCCCAGCAUGACCAGUGUUCCCAGUAUACCAAGCCUGGCUUCCCCUGUUAACCCCUCACCUGGCCCCUCCUCUCUGCCAAUGAUGUCCUCCCUGCGGAGUAGUCAGAGCUUUGACUCGUCCAGCGGGCUCGCACGACUCCAGUCCUCCAUUCCUGCCCCCGGUCAGCUGGGUCAGCGGGUACAGAGCGUGGGGAGCUUCCCCGCCAUACCUCGACACCCCCUCAAAGCGACUGCCUACGUCAGUCCAACCAUCCAGCAGGGCCCGUCCUCCACACCGCUGUCCUCCUCCGUCAGUCUGCACUCCGUCGCCGGCAGCGGGGCCCUGCCCCAGCCCUUAAAACCUGGUGGGACAUCGGUACCACAGCCCCUUAAAGCCUCCGCCAACAACCAGGCCGCUCCACCUCGCAGUUCCCUACCUCGCCCAGCUUCCUUCGUGGGGACCAGUGGGACUCGUUCCAGCAAACUUGCCCAGCCGACACGCAGUUUACUGGCUCCUCCAAAGAGCCUGGCGGCCCUCAGCGCCCUGAGGGACGGCAGCUGGAAAGAUGGCUGCUACUGA